GAAUGACGUAUCUUGUCCGCAGACAUGUUUCUAGAAGCAUGAGCGACAAGAGGUGGGAAUGGAGGUGAGCACGUCGACUGAGUUUGUUGCCGUUGCUUGAUGUUUUGAUAAACGAUGGUUGAGAUGAUGGUUGCAUCAUAACUCGACAGGACUAGCAGCGCAAGGUUCACACAAUCGGCCUUGAGGUCUCUUCAAAAGCUGACUAGAGUGGUCCCUGUUGCACAGAUUUGGAUGCUCCUUAUCCCGUUUAAUAGGCAGUGCAGCCAAACUGUGCAACAUACUCUCCAGGAGUGACCACAAUGAGUUCUCCACCACCACCACCGCCACCACCACCAUCACCACCACCAACAUCAUCACCACCACCACUACCACCACCACCACCAUACGUCUAUAACGUGGCGAAUACGUCAUCCGCAGGUUAUAACUCGAAUAAUCCAGAGACGUGGCAGGAACCUGCCGAUGACUACUUGUGCUUAGCGAUCUUCAGCUGUAUCUUCUUAAACCUAAUUCUUGGUAUAAUUGCCAUCGUAUUUUCCUAUAAGACACGAAAGGCCAAUCAAAGAGAAGAUUACGAAACUGCUAAUAAAAACAGCAAAACGACAUUAUACGUCAUUAUAGCUGCAGCCAUUGUUGGCGUCAUCACCGCAAUUCUUUCCCUUGUCUUAGGUGUGUAACUUCAGUAAAUACUGGGCGUGGCAGCAACACAUUUUCAGCCGCAAAGACGACUGUUAUGUACAGUGUGUUCUAGAGUGAGAAGAUGUUGCUAAAUUUAUAAUUUCAUGUAUUUUUUACAUGUAGCUAUAUAGUAGUGUAUUCACUGUAUUCUGCCGCAAACACGAUGUUUAUUUAUGUAGUCUUUAUCGUCACUGAAGCAGUUAACAAACUUUCCGAGUAUUCAAGAACUGGUGUAUUGAACUGCAAAAAUAAAAGUAAAGACUGAGAAGAUUAUUAAAUCCCAA